CUUCACCUCCCCCAGCCUCCAGCAAGAGGCCAGCAGCCAAGCUGGUAAAAAAGUGCCCAGGCCAGCGGCAGCGGCUGAGGGGAUUGGGAGGAGAGUUGCGCGCGCCUCCAGCCCGCCCCUGGAGGCAGUCCGCGGGACCGCAGGCUGGAGGCGCGCCGGCGUGAUUCCGACCGCGGGAGCCGGGAGGAGGAGCCGGAGGAGGCUGCGGGGGGCUCCGGCCCAGGCGAAGGAAGGGCAAGAGGCUGUUCGGACCGGGGGCGGCGCCGGGAGGCAUCCCCAUCCUCCGGCAGAACAGCUGCGAAUCGCCAAGUUGACCCCUCAUCCCUUCGCCGAGAGGAGAGGGUGUCUCAGGACCCAGGGAUGGGCGGGAAGAAACCAUGGGGAGCCACAAGUCUGCACCCAGGCGGGGAAGAGGCGGGCGGGCGCCGCUCCGCAGGCGCAGGCGAGUGGGUGGGAAGAAGGGAGGGAGAGGGAGGAAGGAGGUGAGGCCGGGAAGAUGCCACUGCCGGGGGCGGGGCGGGGCCGGGGAUCCGGCAAAGGGACUGCAGCAGCGCUUGGUGGGGGCGGGGGCUGCAAUGUCACUCAUUUGAGAGUCAGGUGUAUGCGUCCCAAACGGGGUCCGCCACAAGCCGGCAUCUUCCUGGUACCACCCAGGGUGCAGGGCCCGAGGCAGAGGGCAGGGGACUGCGGAUCCGUCCCUGAAGCGGGACGCGAACCGGCAGAGUUGGGAGAAGAGCCUCCAACCCCAGGAGCCGAGCAUGCUGCCCCCGCGUGCAGCACCCGCGUGCACCGGGCCGGGAGAGGGGGCGACAGGGCGGAGGCGGUGGCCCCCGGAAGGUGUCUGGGACCGGACCGGCUGCACGUGAGCCCAGCGCGAGGUCAUGUGCACCGGCUCAGCCCGGUUCGGCGCCCGGACGUGCUGCGUAUCAACAAAAUGAAACUCGGGGAGACAGGAGGGCAGAUAGCUCCAGGUUCUCAGAGCCCCCGCCCCGGCCGCUCGACCUCCCCACAGUACCCAUCUCCCGCCGCAGCCCCUACGCCCGACCGGAGCCCGCGGGGCAAGUUGCAGCCCUGACGCGCCCCCGCCCGCCCGCGCCCCCUCGCCGGCCCGGGGGCGCUUUGCCGCAGUCAUUAAUAAAGAAGGUCGCCAAGCUCA